GACAAGCAACAAGCUGUUGGUGACAUAACUGCCCGCGAAUCAAUCAACGCAAGACGGAAAGUUAUCUCACUCCAUAUGAUACAACGUACGUCCAUUGAUUAAAUACAUCAACGAACUUACGACAUGUUAGAACCAACAGACGAUAGAUAGCACGUGCUAGUGAAACCUGGAUGUGUAACAAUCUCCCGCAGUGUGGCGCUGCUAGAAAAUCACGCACAGAAUGUUCGAAAAGUUUUGUUAUUCAUGAUUUUUUCUGUUAAAGGUUAAUCCAACGAUUCUUUGAAGGAAAUUUGAUAAAUUUAAUUUCACGACAGGAACUCGAGAAAUCAAACAAAAUUUUGUUUGUGUUGAACUUCGGAAUAUUUAAAGUUUAGUCUAUAUUAAUAUUCCAGCGAACAUGAUAAAUUCGCGAUAAGGCGAUCUUUGGUGACCCUGUAGAAUGAUAUUAAAUUUUGAUUUUAAAAGUUGAAAGCAGCAAGAAAAUAAAAGAAAUGACAAUAUUUAGGAGUUUAUAUUAAUAUGUGACACUAUACCUUGCUCCAAAAAUGUAAAAUGAAUCUGGAGUGUUUAAUAUAAUACCACGGAUAAUUUACAUAAUAAAAUAAUCUUGUGAAUGCUCAAACCACAAAGGAUGAAAUUUUGGAUAUCAUGAACAAAUUUGGAACAAUGUACUUGCAUAAUAGGUGGUCCACACGAUGUUACUGAAUCAAGUUCUGUUAUUUUUUGGGAUUAUUUGUUCAAUAUCAUCAUCUCCGACGGUUUUAGCGUACUUUGGGCUGACUUCUCGGGAUCCAAUAAUUUCUUUUUUAUCAAACUGGGAACAAAAUAGUAUUGAAGAGAGAACGAAUAUGAUAGAGAAAGACAAACUCUGUGAAAUGUUAAACUUACAUAAGAAGCAGAAAAGAAUGUGUCGGCGAGGUACCGGUAUUGCUGAAGCUCUGCUUGAAGCCAUUAGAAUAUCUGUGAUAGAAUGCCAUUAUCAGUUCCGGUAUGAAAGAUGGAAUUGUUCUCUAGCUGAUCCAUACAGACAGAAGAUUCUACAGAAAGGUUUUAAAGAAACGUCAUUUUUAUUUGCUGUGUCGUCUGCUGGACUUGUACAUUCGAUUUCACGUGGAUGUAGCACGGGUCGUCUGGAUAGGUGCACGUGUGAUGAGUCGAAAAAUUUACAAAACGAAGAAGCAUGGCGGUGGGGUGGCUGUGGAGAUAAUAUAAAAUUCGGACUUAAAUUUACAAGACGAUUUUUAAAACGUGCGAAACGAAAUGGAAAGGAUGUUUUAGCUAGAGUAAACAGACAUAAUAGCCAUUUAGGUAUAAAGGUUGUGAAAAAUCAUGUAGAGACAAAGUGUAAAUGUCAUGGAGUUUCCGGGUCAUGUACAGUUCAAACAUGUUGGAGACAGUUGUCGCCCUUCAAUAUUAUAGGUGAAAUAUUGAAGAAUAAAUACGAAAAUUCACAGCAAGUUGAAAUAGACAAUAAUCAUGCAAAUAGGAAAACAGCGCAUAAAAGACGUUCGACCAAAAUGAGUGUUGUGGCUAACAAAAUGCCACCUAGGCGUAUGGAAAUGAUUCACAUAGACAGUUCGCCUAGCUUCUGCAGACAAAGUAGGUAUUCCGAAGGAACAAAAGCGCGGGAAUGUAUCAAAGAUCGUAAUUGCAAUUCCAUUUGUUGUGGGCGUGGUUAUAAUGUACAGACAAAGACUGUAUCAAGGCCAUGCAAAUGUGAAGUGGUUUGGUGCUGUCAAUUCCGAUGUCAGCAGUGUCUUAUUGAUGAAGAAAUACAUUCAUGCAAAUGAACUUUGCGAUGCAUUAUGGGAACAAAAUGUUCAUCGUUGUCCAAAUAGAAUCUUAGAACAAAAAAAUAAUAAUAAAAAGUUAGCUUUUUUACAUUUUAAUGGGUGCUACUAAUUGUGAUCAGACAAAAUUGUCUCAGUCAUCGAAACGUUUGAGGCAGCUGUUACUUACCCUGUCAGACUAAAGCCUUAAACUGACAUUGAAAAAGGCAAAGCGUUGUAUCGAGUUUUGAUGACACAAACUGUCUUCCGUUUAAAACCAAAGAUCUAUAGAUGUUUAUAUAGUGUAUUUAUUUAUUUUAUACAUUUUAGACUUUAAUUUAUACAUUGAUGCAUUAUUUUGUAUAUAUUUCAUGUCAUCUGGGAUAACUAAUUGUCUGUACCAGAUAUUGUUUCAUCUUGCUUACAAAUCCAUACUAA